ACAAACAUUUCUCAAGAUGGCGUCGACUGGUUCGCAAAUUCUCGCCCUUCUCUCACUUUUCUCGCUCUGCUGCGCGUCAGGGGGAUUCCAGGGCCUCCUCGGGGACCCUAAGGGAUGCGAGGAGUCCUGCCUCAAGUCCUACGCGCCCCACACCAACCCUGACGGUGGUGAUAAGAGCCAGGCCUGCAGUCGGGGGUGUCGUUUGUACACCAUCACAGAGUUUGUGGCCCGCGGGGGGAACUUGGGGGAAGAGAAUGCUAUAGAACCCCUCAAGACCCCCAAGGAAUCCUGUUUUAAUGCUUGUAUUGACGCUUACAAUGAGACGUCUGGCAACACUGUGGCCUGCAAGUUUGGCUGUGAGGCGCAGGAGGCAAGCAGACAGGAGGCAAAGAAAGAGGAGCAAGAAGAAGAAGGGGAAGACAGCCAGUCCAUCCAUCUCCUGAGCCCCUUAGUACAAGUCCGAGCUGUUUACUCAUCCCUGGUGGGCGCCGUACACAUCGUUCGGUCCUCCCUCGUUACGUACUUCGCCGCGGAGGACAACUCUAUCGUAGCAGUGGAGAGCCCCCCGGAGAUCCUGGUGGAGGUGCUGGGGGAGGAGGACACGGACAGGACUGAGGGGGUGAAAUUGUCCCCCCCGCCGCAUUCUAGGAUUGUGUCACCAGAGGGGCUGGAGGGAGGCAGGUCCGGAGAGCCGUCAGUGGUGAGCUGUGUGUCUCAGCGUCUGGGCGUGCCACCACCUCUGCUGGUUGCUUCGGCACUUGUUCUGGUUCUGUUCACCAUCUACGUAAUCUUCGCUGUGUGUUCUACUGCCCCUGCCAAGACACGGAAGGAUGCCCUCAGCGUGCAGGCCGACCCCCUCCCCCUGCCUAUCAAGCUAGUGCGACCCGAGGACCUGACCCGACUCAGCCUGAUGGAAGAAGAUGACCUACAAGCACCACCACUACCAUCCAAGGUGAAGCUGCCAGAUAGUGACGUUUAGCAAGGGUGGUGAUGGUGGUGGAGGAGGAGGAGGAAGAGGGAGAAGUGUAGGUGAAGGAACAAGAAGAGGAGGAAGUGGAAGAAUAAUAAUAAGAGGAUGUGGUAGAUGAAGAGUAGAAGAUAAGAAACUAGAAGAGGAGGAGGAGGAGGAGGAGGUGGUGGAAGAACAGGAAGAGAAGUAAGAAGAUAAAUAAGAAGAGGAAGUAAUGUUUAGCAAAGAGAAAGAGAUGGAAGAACAGGAAGAGGAGGAGAGGUAAUGAAAGAAUAAGAGGAGGAGGAGAGGAAAGAAGAGAUGAUGAGAAGAGGAAAGGAAAGAGAUGAUAGUUCUAGUAGUAGUGAUAAUGGUGGUGGUGGUCGCAGUAGUGGUGGUGAUGGUGGUGGUCUUUCUAUUUUACUAUCUCAUACUUUUGCCUAAUACAGAGUGUGUCAUAAGGCUUGUUCACAUCUACAGGGUGGUGCAGAAGUGUCAUGUACUUUGCUGUCUCUCUGAUUUUCAACACAGUAUUGUCUGGAUAAAAUUAUUCUUUCUUUUUUUUUCUUUUUUCAUUUUCUUAAAGCCUAAAAAAAAUAUAAAAUGAAAAAAAAAUUACAAAAUAUCGUAAAAAAUGUUGAAAAGUUGUGAAAAAAAUCUUGUAUUAUUAUUAUUUAUUUUGUCAGUGAUAAAAAGGUUAUUAUUUUCAUUAUUAUUUUAUUGUUAAUCUUUAUUUAUUUAUUUAUUAUUUUGUGAUAGUGAAAAUUAUCACUAUUCAUUAUUACUUUUCUUCUCUCUUUGUUUAUUUCAUUACAAUCAACAUGUUUUAUUUUUAUCUACUUUUCAGAAUGCUUUGAGAAUAUAACCAUUAUUAUCACUAUCAUCAUUUUCAUCAUUAUUAUUAUCACUGUAUUCCUGUGAUAACUAAAAUUUUCACACAUACAUAUAUAUUUUUUAUUAUUAUUACUAUUAUUAUUAUUAUUAUCAUUAUUAUUCAGUAACCCUGUGAUAAUUAAAAUGUUUACUUAUAUAUAUAUCUAUCCCUAAACAUUUGAUCUGGUAAAACUUUCUUCUAUGAGUGUUAAGAUCAAAACAGGAAAAACCAAUAUCUGUUUUGAAUGUAUUGCAAGUUUGCUACCACAUAUUUCUAUCAUUAUUAUUUCCAAGUAUUAUUGUAUUUGAUGUUGAGAAUAUGACUACUAGUGGAAAUAUAUUUAUUCAGUUUA